AUGCCUCUUCAUUUCGUUUUACUGGUGACUACAUAGACAAAAGAAAUGUUGACUUUCUUGGAAGAUGUAAAACCAGGAUCAUUGCUAUUGAUGCUGUAUGCCACCCAAGGAUGAAACAAUACAAACUUAAAUACCUUCUACAGGAGAUUAAUAAGGCAUUCUGUCGCUUUUUGGAUCAAUCAAAAAGUUGUCAGCACAGGAAACUGUUUCAGGAAAAUGGACUUAAUGUGCUUAAUCUUGAUCAAGAUGAUAAAGAUCAUGAUUAUAUAUCCAGGACUAAUAUAUUGUUAGAUGAAUCUACCUCCACUUCUCUUGAAAGGAAUGAAGGAAGAUACAUGAACAAAAAUAUUAGAAAUCCUGAUAGUAAUGGCAGUCAGUUUUUUGACCACCAAGAUAGUAUUGGGAUUGCAACUGGAAAUUGGGGCUGUGGUGCUUUUGGAGGAGAUCUUGAAGUAAAGUAAAGACCAUUAUACAGUGGCUUGCCGCUUCACAUGCUCUAAGACCUUUCAUUUCAUACUACACAUUCAGUCCUGAGGCAUUGCAAAAUGUGGAUCAGAUCACUCAAUGGAUUCUGUCACACAAAUGGACGGUUGGGUGCCUUUGGAAUAUAUUGGUAGAGUAUUCAAUCCAGAGAUUCAAGGGAGAAACAAACCUGGGUUUUUUUGCUUGGCUCCUUCCUUCCCUGCCUGCCCACGAGGCUGACAGCUUCAUCCAAGCCCCAGGAAGAUAAUUUUUCUGUUUGCAAUUGGUGACAACCUUGUCUUUGGGCUGGCUUUUCUAACACCAUGAAAUGAGAACUGAAAAGGAAGAAUUACCAGAGAGCAAAUUUUAACCCUCUCAGGUCCCAGCAGUGGUGUCUUCCACAGUUCAAAGCUCAAAUCAACCUUUCAUUCCUACCAACCGUUUUGCCAUGAGAUCAAUGGUGCCGUAUGCUGAAGUGAAUAUGUUCGUUUAUGGUCAUCUACUCAUUCUUUUCUACCCCUCUGCAGGUGUAAUGUUAUGGUUAGAUGACCAUCAACGAACACGUUCAUCACUGUAUUGCAUGCUCAUAACUCGAUAUUAUUAUCUACUACAAAUCAUUCAAGUUUCACUGUAUUGCCUUCAAAAGCUUGAGCAAAGCAGCGAAACUGCCGAAGCAAGGGGGACAGUUACAACAUACAACAUAGCAUUUCCUUUUGCUUUGGCCCUUGAAACUGGGUUUAUUGCGCUGUAGGUUGAUUCUAUUGGGGAUUUGGACUGGACCAAGGUCUCUUUGGGAUCUCUGAGCCAUUUUUCUCAUUCAUAUAAUUUUUUUUUGAGAAUCACGUUUUUCAGGUGAGAUUGCAUAUUAAUUGUAUGUUUAAUUUGAUAGGGACAGGGAUGAAAGUUUUUCUAUUUGAUUAGCAAAAAAUUUAGAAAGGAAGGGAGUUUAUCCAAAUGAGAAAAGCAAAGAGGUGGGAAGGGAAGGGAAGGGCAAGACAAUCGUAUCUUUUUAAUCUCCUCAGCUCUUCUGUGAAAAAUAUAGAUCAGGUAUUAAAAAUAUAGAGUCCCAACAAAAACGACGUAAUUUCUUAAUCCCAGCCCCAGCCCCAUCUCUUCUUCGCCCUUUUUGUAAUCAUCUCCAUCUCCUUUAAGCCCCUUCUGCAGUCAUGUUCAUCAUCUACAAUAUGAACAAAGUGCCAAACAAAUUAUGAGGAUUGUAAUGAAGGAAGCAAAGGGACCACAAUUCCGGAAAUGAUAGGAAUAAGGACCACCCAAAGCUUACUCUAAAAAUAGCAUUUCCCUAAAUUUAUGCAAAGGAAAUCCAGCACCUGCUUUGCUUUAUGCAACAAAUAGAGAAGCAAUAAAAUAGAAACAAACUAACGAAUAAUUGGAUUAAGUAGUAAGCGGCUUGUUCCAACUUAAGCAUGUGUACGCAGCAACCUUCGUUGGUAGACACUCACCAUUUUUAGGGUGCGCGAUGUGGGUCGAUCCGGAUUAGUCGGGGUGAAAUCCCGGAUACUGGAUGGGAAACCAAAAAAAAAAAUAAAAUAGAAACAAGAAU